CCGUCGUCGGCAGCCGGUGCACCGCCGUAUGACGCAGUGUCUGCGCCGGCUGCACGAGGUCGCGCAUCGUCGUCGGCGGGCAUGUGGUGGUGUUGGUGUUGGCGAGCUUGAUGGCAUUGGGGGGAAGUGUCGUGUGCGUCUUGCUGAGCAUCUGCGUCCAAUUGGUCAGCUCGACCGCCGCCUCGCAGUCCCACCCGCGCUGCUCGAGUACCGAGGGCAUCCACUUGGCCGCGAAGUCGAAACAGCAUUCCUCGAGGAGCUGCUGCGCUGAGGUGCUGCGCCUUGUACGGUAUAAAGGACGGAUACAGCAAGGGGAUCUGGCUCUUGAGCAGCUCGCCCGGUCCCCCUGUCGUUGUUAAUUCUGUCGGCG